AUGAAAUUACCAUACGCCAUCAUCAUCUCCAUCAGUAUCGGUCUGCUGGCACUUCUCGCCGGCCUCUACCAACAAGGACUCCUGAACAUAUCCCAAGAAAGCCUCAUGCAGCGCCUCUCCCUCCGGCGUCUCGCAUUCUUCCCACCCACUCCAACAUCUCGUCCCAUCGCCAAGAGCUUCUCCAGCACAACCGCCACCAUGUCAUCAAACUCUCAACCCACCAAAGAUGACCAACCUCUCCUCGACAGCAACGGUCAGCCCCUCGGUCUGCCCCAGCCAUCCCAAGGAUCAGACCACAAACUCGAUCUUUCGUCCGGCCAAGGCUCAAUCUCUAUGGAUCACCUUGGUCCUCUAGUGGUCAACAAAGAUGGCAGUCUUUCGAGAAUUUCGAACUGGGAGCAGAUGACUGAGACUGAGCAGAAGAAUACGCUCAGGAUUUUGGGGAAGAGGAAUCAGCUCAGGACGGAGGACUUGAAGGUGAAGGAGGCUGAGCAGGGGAAGGUGGAUGGGUCGUGA